AUGAAUAAUGACCUGACCUGGCUGCACGAUACGACCCUAGACUGUCAUUUGCCCGUCUUGGUUUGGCAUCCACAGCACGCGGAGAAAGAAACGUACGCGGAACUCGCACGUCGCCGGCCCUCAAUGAAGCCACAGAUUGCACGUGCUUGUAUGCAUGCAGACUACCAGGUUCUGUUCGAUGAGCUGAAUCCCACCCCCGAUGUAUGGCUAUGGCUCGAAGCAGAACGCUGCGAGAAUACCUGUUAUCUUGGAAGAAUCGAGCAUGCGGCAUCUGAAUUGGGAAUUGACUUAGAUGCACUCUGUGUCACACCCACCCCGCACCCGGAUGUCACAGAGAAGGAGUGUUGGCCCAUGCGCAUCCUACAACAAGAGAUGAGACCGCAGGACGGAUCACAGUCUCAUACACUGUAG